UUCAUGGUAGGCUAGUAAAGGAGAGAGCAAGAAUGUUCAAGAUGGGAUUUAAGAAGUUCUGAAAAUGCUGUGUUAUUUUGUUCCCAGAGCAAAAGCAAUGUUAAGUCAGGACUCUUUAAAAGCGUGAGAGUAUAAGAGAGUUGAAUCCUUGCAUUUUCAAGAUAGGAGAAACCUGAUAUGGGAAAAGCUGAGAUGAGGCUUCUCUCUACCCUGCUUUUUCUAAUCAUGAUUUGUUGGCUAGCUGAAGGUACCUUGUCAAAGACGGAUGCAAAAAAAGGUGCUUCAAAAAAACUAGAGGAAAAGGCACUACAUUCUGAUAAAAAUGUACAGAACCGGGGACUGGUAGUUGUUGAUCCAAAGGCAAAGGAUAUUAUACUGGAACACAAAAGUUACUGCUUCAAGGAGAUAAAGGAAAGGCAUUUUUCAGGAGAUGUUCUGGGUUAUGUUACUCCUUGGAACAGCCAUGGCUAUGACAUUGCUAAAAUAUUUGGAAAUAAAUUUACGCUGAUCUCACCAGUUUGGCUACAGGUGAAAAGGAGAGGAAAGGAAAGGUUCCAGUUCACUGGGCUCCAUGAUGCUGACCAAGGCUGGAUGAAAGAUGUCAGAAAAAACUCCAAAAACAUCAAAAUAGUGCCUCGAAUUUUGUUUGAUGGCUGGACUUACCAAGACUUUGAAAGUGUUUUUGGAAGUGAGGAUGAGAUAGAGGAGCUUUCCAAUAAUAUGGUUCUGCUAGCCAAGAAAGAAAAUUUUGAUGGUUUUGUAGUUGAAGUUUGGAGUCAGCUGGGAAAUCGAAAGCAAACGGAGCUGAUUCACUUGCUCACUCACCUUUCUGAAGCUCUGCAUGAAGCACAACUUAAACUCAUCUUGGUCAUCCCUCCUGCAGUUGCAGCAGGGACUAACCAGCCAGGAAUGUUCACAAAGAAAGAAUUUGAUCAGCUGGCAUUGGCAAUAGAUGGCUUCAGUCUCAUGACAUAUGACUAUUCAACACCACAACGACCUGGUCCUAAUUCUCCUCUUCCAUGGAUACAAGCUUGUGUUGAGGUGCUAGAUCCUGAAUCAAAAUGGAGGAAGAAAAUACUUCUAGGGCUCAAUUUUUAUGGCAUGGAUUAUUCUGCUUUGGGAGCCUCUGGGGAGCCAAUUCUUGGUAGUAGGUAAGACUUGUCUUGAUAGUGAGUACUUAUGUAUCAGGUGUA